AAAUGCGAAAAGUUUAUAGAUCAAUAAAUGAUUUUUAAAAUGUCACGAUUUUUAUCGACCAGCAUUAUCUUGGCCGCUUUUUUUGUCGUUUGCGUCUACUCUAAUCACAACUGCACUUAUCCAUGUGGUGCAAAUGAACGCUGCAAUGCAUGCGGGAAUCUCUGUGAGACAAAAUGUUCAAACCUGGAUAGUACUGGCAAAGAUAUGGGCGCAUGUCCCUACAUAUGUAAUCCACCAGCUUGUGAAUGUGAAGCAGAAUAUGCACGAGAUGAGAGAACCGAAAAAUGUGUUCCUAAACAAUCUUGUCCUCGCCAAUGAAUUAAUCUAAUCCUUAUAAUUUUUUUUUGUCAUAAUCAAUUGUAGAAUACCUCGAAUAUGACUUUAAAUAAAUUCAAAUAAUGAAAAGAAUUAUUAUAAUU